AUGCCCCACAUGAAGACCUACUGUGUCGUGGAGGGAGGGGGGGAGGGAGGAGGAGGUGAGAGAGGAGGGGAGGGGCUGACUUCUGAGUCGACUCAAAAGUCGUCUGGGCGUGCACGGGCCAUGCCCCAUAUGAAGACCUACUGUGUCGUGGAGGGAGGAGGAGGGGAGGGAGGGGAGGGGAGAGGGGAGGGGAGAGGUGAUGGGAGUGGAGAGGGGAUUGGGGAGGGGAGAGUGGAGGAGAGGCGGGAUAGUAGAGGGGAGGAGAUUGAGAGGUGGAGGGAGGGGGGGUUGAAAGGAGUUAAAGCAAGAAGUGGGGAGGCGGGGAAAGAAAAGGAGGAGGAGGAUGUGCCUGCACUAAGCGCACCAAGAUUAGGAUGGGUUCUUUUGACGUCAGCUAACCUGAGUGCUGCAGCAUGGGGAACAGUGCAGAAGGGGAGGCAGAGAGGCCAGCAGCAACUAGUCAUACGAUCCUAUGAGCUGGGAGUGCUGUUCCUCCCAUGCCGAGUGAACGCAUUCAUCCACCAUCGUGUCUCCCACAAAGCACUCAUGAGUCGGGAUACCAUGCCGCACACACAGCCAGAUUUCAAUUUCCGAAACCCCUCAGCAAGUCACACAUGGAUCCCCUCUCUUCAUUCUCCCCUCUCUUCCUCUCCCAUCUCCCCCUUCCUCUCCCACAGCUCCCAGGCAGCACCCAUGGAGGUGGGAUGUGCCACACAGGCAGCCAGAUGUGUUCGGGGAGACGUGGCCACUGCAGGGAACGUGAAGUGA